AUGAGGACAUCGGCCGCAGAUCGGCCGAUGCGACGGAACUACAUGUCCGACGCAGAAAUAUUGGGAGUGCAGGACUGGUUCGGAAAGCCAGCUGCACUGACACUGCAGGUGUACCGAAAGAUAGAGUUGCCAAACUAUGCCGGUCCGGCAUUCAGGUCCACGAUGGCCAUGGUUGAUGCCGCAUUCAACCAUCCGCUGGUGUUAUCAGCGGAAAGCGUGGCCGUCGAUCCGAUCGCGGUCAUGCAGACGCUGCCAGCUGCGGAAGUCCCGGACGACGACCUGAUCAGAAAGCGAUUGUGUUCGGCCAGGAACGAUUCGUGGCCGUCAGAACCGGAAACUGGGGCAGAGGACAUCAAGCGGCAAGCAAAUAAGGGACGCCCCUCCGCCGCACUUUCUGGCGCCGGACAAUGCAGUUUGUCGGCCGUUUGUUUUGUUGCGGCGCCUACGCGACCGACGUCGCAGGUUUCCGAGACGCUUAGCAACUAG